AUGGCGGCGGCCACGGCGGAGGAGGCGGUGGCUGCUGCGGCGGCGGCUGCUGCUGCUUCUGGACCCGCGGAGUGGGAGGUGCCGACGAAGGCGCUGCGGGCUUUCACUUGGCUUUGGCAGGAGUUCAUGUCGGACUGGGAGGCCCAGGACUUGCGCGCCGCCCUCUUCCAGCUGCUCCUGCUCUGGCUGCUGGUGAGCUUGCUCGGCAUCCAGGUGGCCUGGCGGGUCUACGGCAACACCGUCACGGGCCUCUACUACCGGCAAGGUAGGGCUCCCUUCCGAGGCGGGCGCUGCAGCAGCAGCUGCCGCCACCGCCGCCGCCUUCUUUGUUUACCUCGCGUGACCCACCCAGCGCUUCCUCUGGCUUCGGCGUAAUCCCCACCCCGGGGUAGCUGCCUCUGGGUUGCUGCUCCGCUUUCGCUUCCUACCCCGUGGCUACGCCUCGCGCUUCUUCUCCUGGCUCUCUUGUGUCCCUCGAAGCCUCGACCUUGCAGGUUGCUAAGGGUCAGUGCCCGAGUCCCCAAACCAAAUGCAACCCCUUAUGGAUGAACAGUGGCUGCCCCAGUUGUGAUGCAGGCGCAUAUUUGCUGAGCCGUGGCAACUGGACUUGGAGGCAGACCACAUUUAAGACUAAAAAAAGAAAAGAAAGAAAGGAUGGGCUUUGGAGAUGGCUGCCAAGCUCUGUUGCAACAGCCAACUAUUCUACACGGUGGAGACUCCAUCUGGUUUAAGGGCCCAUCCUCUCUUCGAAGUGGUCCUUUCUAAAACUAGUUGUUACCGUCCAAGUCUGUUAGAUGGCCCUUUUUGUCCUGUCAUGUUGGGCCACAACAGCAGCCGUGCUGGGCACUGUUCCUAAUGCCACAAUGAAUACCAAUUCUACCUAUCCUGCUGCUGACUGACUCCAGAAUUGUACAGUAAUUGGAUACCAUCCAGGUCCUAAACUGACCCUGGUGAGAUAGUAGAUAGAGGGCAGGUUUUGAAAGGUACUUUGCUAUAUGCAUGGCACCCAGAUGCAGUUGUUUACCUGGGUUUCUCUCUGCUGACAUCAGGGACCCCAUGGGCAUAGCCAGGGGGGAGCUCCCCCCCCCAUGCACAAAAGGAGAAGCCUGCCCCAUAAAAAGCCCAACAAUCAGAUCCCCUAAAUACACCUCCAGAAAGAUUCUCCUUCCUUUUGUAAUACUUGACUGAGACUGCUGGGUGCUUGAAUAAGAGUAUUUCUUCUGUCCUCCUCAACUGCUGGGAUGCAUAAUCAUGACACAAAGAGCUGCUUAACCAUUUUUCUUGUGUGAAAUAAUGGUGUGUGAUUUGUAUUCUGCUGUGAUUUGUCUUUGGAACCUGCAGUAUAAAGUGGCUACCAAACAAGUAACAGUAGCUAUAUUGCACCCUAAUUUUUAGGCAUAUGUCUUGAGCAAGAGGUAGAAAACUUACUACACCAUAUUUGCAACGUAUGUUUGCAAUAUGUUGCAAAUAUUGUGUAGUAUGUUUUCCACCUCUUUCAACAUCUGUUUUUCUCCUCGCACCCAAGUUAAGAGUCAUGUGUCGAAGACAAAUGUCACUGAAGCUUAUGACUGCAAUCCACUAACUGGUUUAACCAGUGCCUGGAUUUAAGCCAAUUUAGUUCUACCACCUUCAAUGGGACAUUCACCUUAAAUCUAUUUGCUUUAAUUUAAUAGGGUUUGUGUGAACUGGACUAAAAAAAAUCAUAUUAAAAAUGACCUUUAGUAUCCAACCUUUCUCUUGUCAAAAACAGAGAUCAUGUUAAUUUGGGAAGGGUUUUGGAAUAACUGACUGGCAUUAAUUUUUAUUUUCAUCUGUUACAUACUUUUCUUGGUAAUCUUUUUGGUCAAAACUUUUCAAACUAAUGAUCAGUUAAUUGUCAGGAUUAAACUAUAUAUCCUCUCAUGUGUCUAGGAAUAUAGGAAGGGGUCUUAUAGCAGGCCACCCCAUUGCUUCACCUGACUUAGUAUUGUUUACAUCAGCAGCAUUUCUUUUGAUUUUGAAUUGUGUUGGCAAAGGAAGCGGGAUUUGCAGCUGCCACUGAUCACAAGCUGAUCUACUUGGAGUCAAAGGACUGCCAGAUGAGAAGUCUGCCUGACUAACAAUAUUCUCUUCUCCUUCCCAGGUCCGGGAGGGCAGAAUGGAGGGACACCAGAUGGAUCCUCGCACUUCUCAAUGUGGUGAGUUGAUUUAUCCAUUGCCUUCCAGCCCCUCCAGAUGAUGGAAUCGGUGCUCAUGGGGAUCUGAUGCUGGAGGAAUACAGGAUGUGUAAUCCCUUUUAACUCGUGAUUUAAAGUUUCGGUCUGUUUUGUUUUCAUUUAGGGAGAGUUCAAGUAAUGAGAGUAUGAAAACGCAUCGGGAGUGA